AUGGCUUUUGUAGAGAUUGCUCUUGUUUUCUUUGGCGUUUACAUUUUGAUCAGGUGAUUACUCGUAAAAUGUUUAUUUUUUGAGAACACAACAUUUUCAGACAGUCCAUAAGUUAUUUAACUCUGUACAAAUGCAAUUUGAACCCACACUUUGACAUUUUCGGGCUGAGAGGCUUGUCAUGGUUGAAUAGUAGCAAUGCUCACAAAGAGUUCACCAAAAUGUGCACAGUGGUCGGCGACAAAACGUUUUCUCUGCUCCGCGGUGCAACUCCAGUCGUGGUGACCAAUGAUGUUGACGUGAUUCAUGCAAUCUCUACCGAACAUUUCGAUUGCUUUCACGCCAGAAUUGUGAGUUUCUAUCGAUAAAACAAGUAAUACAAUUGAAAAUUAUAAAUCCGAAUGUAUUUUCAGCCAGAACCGUUCGCCAAUGAUCCUGUAACUUCUGAAAAUAUUCACAUGUUUGCGGCAAAGGGUGAACGGUGGAAGCGUCUUCGCACUCUGACCAGUUACGGUCUUUCGAUGGUCAAACUGAAACAGGUUCAUUUCGUAAUUUCAUUAAUCCAAUAACAUUCGUGUUAUCAGUUGUUCCCGACCAUUGAAAAGUGUGUUUCUGAGUUUUUGGAUCACGUGAACAAUCUUGCGGACGGGCGCACCGUCACCAUCACUCAUUCACACAGGUGCGACACUUGAAAUGGUUAUUAUAUAGCCCGUUCUUUCCAGUUUAUUCCAAAAUCAUACGUCUUACGUGUUGGCGAGAUGCGCCUACGGUCACAAGGAGAAGAAUCACAAUCAAAACUAUUUUCUGGGGACUUUCAUGAGGGCGUUCGGAGAGUUCUCGGAACAGAAUCAUACAAUUGCUGAAAAACUUUCAUGUACAUAGAAAAACAAUGAUAGGCAAGUAGAAAUCACUGUUUUUUUUUCAGAUUUUUAUCCGGAAAUCAAAUUAGUCUUCAAAGGAUGGUCCCAAUUGCUAACCUUUGGACCUAACAAUAAGGACAGAUUCAUGGACUAUCUUCUUCAUUUGAUCUGCAAAUUCAAGAGUCGGCAACUGGCGGAAAACUCCAUCAAAGUCCCGGAUAUAGACCAAUACAGUUUUCUUGGAUUCUUCUUCGAGCAUCACAAAGAACAGAAGCUGGUUGAGAGUGGAGAUGGAAAAAUCGACAUGAAGAAAGUAAAGGUCGAGAAGAGCAUCUCAUUUCAGGUGUGAGUUUAAUUGUAGUUAUCAAUAGAGUUUGCGUAGACUACAAACUUCUGUACAUGAUAAAUUAGCAAAAAGUACACAAAUCAAACAUCAGAAUGAUGGUGUUAGACUGAAUGUUAUCAACAAGUUAUUUUCAGGAAAUUGCUGCACAGUGCAAGUUCAUAGCCGUCGCUGGUUUCGACACAACCGCUAACACGUUGGCUCUGCUCUUCAACUUUUUGGCCCACAAUCCGGACAUCCAAGGCGAUCUGUACCGGGCUGAAAUUCAGGAUCAAAAGAAUGCAGACUUCGAUACCAUCAAUUCGCUAUCAUUCCUUCAAAACUGCAUCUUCGAAACGCUUCGUCUGUUUCCACACGCUUCCCCGUAUGUUUCGAUUCAUCAUUUUCACGUUUCAAUCCUUAUCACUCACUUAUUUUCAGGUUGCAAACUCGUCUCUGCACAAAAUCGGUUGUUAUCGGCAAAUACUAUUUCCCGGAAAACGCCGAAGUGGUCAUCAACCCAUGGGGACCGCACCACGACAAAGACAUCUGGGGAGAAGACACACUUUGUUUUCGGCCGUCUCGGUAUGAUGUGUAGUGUGUCUGCUAAUCACUAACUUCCGUGUAGAUUCGAAAAACUGACCGAACAACAGAAGCGAGCGUUCAUGCCGUUUGGAGUGGGACCGAGACAGUGUGUCGGAAUGCGGUUCGCGCUGCUCGAACUGAAAACAACGGCGUUCCGACUACUGCAGAAGUAUUCUGUCAACACGUCGUCGGCGAUAAUUGAUAGACACGCGAAAAAGGUAUCAAAAGGAAGAAGGAAGGUGAUAUUGACUUAAUUUUUGAUGUUACAGGUUCAAAUGACAGUGCGGGAUACGGGAACCAUCUGGCCAACCAACAAAUUGGGUUUGAUUCUUAAGAGACGAAAAUAA